AUGGGCAUUGAUGAUCGCAACGCCAUCAGCAGCAAGCAGUGUACAACGUGCGCAGUCACCAAGAGCACUCGUCACAGCGUCAGCAAGCACGCGGAACGCACACAGGUGCCCGGCGAGCGCAUCCACGCCGACAUCGUCGACUGGACCGCGGACUCACCCACGGGCAAGCGCUACAGUCUCGUCAUCGUCGAUGAGGGAAGCAAGCUCCUGCAUGCAGUCCACCUCAACGCCAAGAAGGACGCAGUUGCCGCGUUCCAGUCUUUCCUGCGCGACACCAAGCUCCCCAUCUCGCCCACAACAACAGCACUCCAGACGGAUUCCGAUGCCAUCUUCCUCGGAGCUGACUUCCAGGCCAUCGUCAAGAAGCACCUGAAGCAGCACCAGCAGUCCCCGCCGUACACCCAGGCGCAGAAUGGCAUCGUCGAGCGACAGGUGCGCACCCUCUCCGACAUGGUGCGAGCCAUGAUCACGGGUGCAGGCCUCGACGCAUCGUACUGGAGCCUCGCCUGCAACCACGCCCUGCACAUCCUCAACAACAUGCCUCGCCCUUCCCUCCACGGCAAGACACCGCUGCAAAUUGUCACGGGCUCGCUGCCCAAGCACGUGCCGCAGCUGCACGUCUUCGGGCAGCCGGCCGUCGUCCAUAUCAGCACACAGCGCGGUCGCCUGCAGCCCAAGGGUCGUCGAGGCAUCUACGUCGGCCACAACAGCAGCAGCAACAGCCACCUCGUCCACUUCGCAGACACAAACACCGUUGUGUCCUCCAUCCACGUCCGCUUCCUUCCCUUCUCCAAGGCCGAUGAUGUCGUGGAUGAGGGGGAGGAGCAAGUGCAGACAUCCACGACAUCGUCCAUGCUCCAGCUUCCCAGUGCACGUGACAGCAGCAACAGCACCACUGACGGUGAGCAACCAACAGUUCACAUCGACGAGGACCAGGACGAUGAUGUCGAGACAGACUUCCUGCUCACGGACUUUGACGACGACAGCAGCAGCGACACCAACGACGCCAACUACGAUCCAGACACAACAGAUGCAAGCGACACCGAGGCAGGCGCGUUCACAGCAAGCAGCAGUGACGACACCAGCCUCACGGAGCCUGCAAGCAUCAAGCAGGCACUCAAGAGCCAGCAACGCAAGCAGUGGACUCAGGCAUGCUUGGAGGAGAUCGGGGCCAUGGAGCGCAACGGCGUCAUCAAGCUCAUCCCACGCAGCGUCGUGCCACGGCAGCACACGCCUCUCAAGUCACGCUUCGUCUUCAAGGUGAAGCGUGAUGCUGAGGGCGCGCCGACGCGCUUCAAGGCACGCUGGGUCGCCAAGGGCUUCAGCCAACGACCGGGCAUCGACUUCGACCAGACCUACGCCCCAACACCAGCAGCCAAGACCAUCCUCACUGUGCUCGCCGUCUCCCUGCAACGACAGCACCAGCUGCACCAGCUCGACUUCAAGUCGGCUUACCUGCAGGCUGAUCUCAAGGAGGAGCUGUACAUGGAGCUGCCGCCGCACUUCACCGACAUCGGCGACGGCGCUCAACGCUACGCGGGCAAGGUGUGCCGGCUGCUCAAGCCGCUCUACGGCCUCAAGCAAGCUGGCCGUGCAUGGGCCAAGAAGCUGCACACCUUCCUCAAGACCAACGGAUGGGCGCAAAGCAAUGGACUCGACACCAGCAAGCACGCCACUGCGGGGGAGUGUUGA